AUGAAGCACUUCCUGAUUUCAGCGGUGCUCUGCACCGUCGCCAGUGCAGCCGUCGCUCACCCUCGCAUCGUUGCGCGCGAGCCAGACCUGCCGGAGGGUAUUGUUCCCCGUGACGACCCCCCACGAGUGACCAUGACAGUCAACAUCGCUGCCCGGGACCCGGACCCAUCGGAGACAAUUACUAUCUUCGCUCGCAACACAGACCCAGCGGAAGCGGCUGCUAUCCUCGCUCGCGACCCAGACCCAUCGGAGACAAUUACUAUCUUCGCUCGCAACACAGACCCAGCAGAAGCGGCUGCUAUCCUCGCUCGCGACCCAGACCCAGCGGAGGCGCUUACUCUCCUCGCUCGCGACCCAGACCCAUCGGAGACAAUUACUAUCUUCGCUCGCAACACAGACCCAGCAGAAGCGGCCGCUGUCCUCGCUCGCGAGCCAGACCCGCAGGAGACGGUCACCGCUUAA